CCGCUCCGCCUUCCGGCACCGGGCGGGUCCCUCCCGCCGGCUUCCCCCCCCCCCCCCCGCAGCUUCUCGCCCCGGGACGCGGCAGGUGCAGCGGCGGCAGCCGGAGGCGGCGCUGGGAAAGGACCGUCUGUAGCCAAGAUGUCACCAUCCAUAUGUGUACAAGAGAUAACAAGUAGACUGAAAGAUGGUCCUACGCUUCCUGAUUCAGAAUUCAGUUUUUCCCCCCUGAUAUUUUAAGAGACCAUCAAAUUUUCUGUUAUGCCUGAUGAUUUAAGCAGUAGUGACGAACUUAGACAAAUUUCUCAGCUUAAUUGUUGGCCCAGAACGUGUGUUAAGUAUCAUUUAACAAAAUUGGAAAGUAUCAGAAUAUAAUAAAAACCGGUUUGAUUUAAGCUAUCUCCUUCUUCUUCCAAUUUCAUGUAAAGAAUAAUGUCGAACUAUGUUAACAGCAAUUUUUUUUCCUAUAAAAUCCUUAUUCCCACCUCUUGGGUUUUCCAGAAGGUUAGGGAUGUUGUGUAGAUAUGGGUGCUGCAAUUAGCUGCCAUUAAGAGAAACAUCUCAUUGACUCCUGUAUACCACUAUAAUAAGCAGUUUUGUUGUUUAACGUAUUAAUAGUAUAGACAUAUUUUUCAGAGGUAAUUAAACUUUUAGAACACAUUUACAGCAACUUUAUAGUCUCACUGUAACAAUCAGCAAAUCUCUGACGUGUCUGCUUUAUAUGUUUUCUUUUUGUCUUAUGUCUUCUGUUGGCAAUGGUUUCUAACAUAAAAAUGCGAGAAAUGCUUCUACCUUUUUCAGCUGAUCACUUAAAAUGAUUAAACUUUGCAUCGUUCAUUGUUGCUAGGAAAAUGUUAGGAAAACUGUUGAGCUGUUUUUCUCUGUGUAUGGAGUACUUAUACAGAAUCUGAGAAUCUAUAAGUUGUGCCUUUGUAAUUUCUGGUUUGUAUAACCGCUAGGCAUAUUUUUCAGAAGAUAACCAUAUUGUUGCAUGACGAAACUUGUGUUUACUGCUGUUGCAGAACAGAAAAACUUAUGCAUAUGUGAGCAAUAAAGCAGAAAUACAAAUUUAUUACUGCUAGAAUACAUGCUGCUAAAAAUGUGUAUAUAUAGAUGCUGUCAUUUCAAUUUUCAGAAGAAAAUGCUGUCUUUUUAACUGCAGAAGAACAAGGCUUUGUCUUCCUGUAAUUCUGAAGUGAAAGUUGUCAUCAACAAGAAAGCUAAAACCUUUUAAAGAUAGGUAUUAGUAGUAAAAUGCUGAAACAAACUUCUGGAUUAGCUUCAUUGGCUUUCCUGCUUCUUUUGCAUCCCAAAGCAUAAGCUUAAAUCGUCUCAGAAGGACAAGGUCCGCCAGUUUAUGGCAUUUACCCAGGCUGGUGAAAGGACUGCUAUAUACUGCUUAAUGCAGAAUGAAUGGAAACUAGAAGUGGCAACAGACAACUACUUCCAGAACCCAGACUUGUACUACAAAGAAUCCAUGAAAAAUUCAGUAGACAGGAAGAAAUUAGAACAAUUGUAUAAUCGAUACAAAGACCCACAAGAUGAAAAUAAAAUUGGCAUUGACGGGAUUCAACAGUUCUGUGAUGAUUUAAGCCUGGACCCUGCCAGUAUCAGUGUUCUGGUUGUAGCGUGGAAGUUCAGGGCAGCUACUCAAUGUGAAUUCAGUAAAAAGGAAUUUGUGGAUGGCAUGACAGAGUUGGGGUGUGACACCACAGAAAAAUUAAAAGCUUUAUUGCCAAGACUGGAACAAGAGCUAAAGGAUCCAACAAAGUUCAAAGAUUUUUAUCAGUUUACUUUUAACUUUGCUAAAAACCCUGGACAAAAAGGUCUAGAUCUAGAAAUGGCAAUUGCAUAUUGGAAUUUAGUCUUGUCAGGAAGGUUUAAAUUUCUAGAUCUUUGGAAUAAAUUUUUGUUGGAACAUCAUAAAAGAUCAAUUCCAAAAGAUACUUGGAAUCUUUUGUUAGAUUUUGGAAAUAUGAUUGCAGAUGAUAUGUCCAACUAUGAUGAAGAAGGAGCAUGGCCUGUUCUUAUAGAUGAUUUUGUGGAAUACGCACGACCAGUAGUCACAGGAGGAAAACGUAAAACUUCCUAACCCCAGACUUGUCAAUAUGGACUAAACGUGCGCUCUGAACUGCAUUAGGUAAUGAAGAUUUGGUGACUGAUAACUGUGCACGUUGUUGCUGGUUUCAGUGGUUGUGAUGAGAUUCUGCAGACAAAACCGAAAUUCUUCCUUUCUGUCCAAAGAAAAUGAUGGCUGACUUGUGGACACUUGAAGAACAAACUCAGAAGAUAGUCCAGGCUGUUUGUAGGCUAUUGGCUUCAAUUAUUGUACUGGUUGUAUCAUAUAGGAUGUAGAUUUUUGCAUGAUUUUAUACUUUGGAGAAGUUUAACUAGAGGCCAUUUUAUUAAAGUUUUGACAGCACAGCAUGCCAUUCAGUUCAUGAUCCGAAGUGAACACCAGCAGUUACAUAAAUAAAACUGUAUUAUAUUGUACUUAUAUUAAAAGCAGUAUUUGUGGUAUAUAAAUUAAAUCCCUAAAUAAAACUUAUUGCAGUAUGUUGUAUUUUUAUAAAAGCUAGUUAAAAGUUCCGUGGAUCUGUCCUGAUAUGGAAUUGUAGCAAAACAAAAAACACUUAUGCUUUUUUAUUUUUACUUGUUGCUAAAAUUUUCAAUUUAUAUUUUUAAGUCCUAGAUAUAUAGAUUGAUUGCAUCCAGCCUUUUGUUUUCUCCCAGUGAGAUUAACUUCCUCAUUAUUCUUCUUGAAGUGCUUGGCCAUGUAACAGUAGUGUUGCUGAGGAAGGGCUGCUGCUCUAUGCUGUGUUGCAACUCCAGCUUUUUUUUUAAUUAACCAUUUUAAAGUAGACAUUAAAUAACCAAAGAUGCUUUUACAAUUCAUGUUUGAAGACUGACUGAAUUAUGCUACUCAAUUAUGUGUUUUACUGACUUUAUUUUAAAUAAUGAACUGGUGGAAUGUAAAUUUUCUUUGUAGCUUGAAACAUAUCAAAAAAGCUAGCUAAAUGCAACAUGGAUAUAAAUGCAAUUCCUGGCCUGUCUCACAGAAAAUGAAUGUGAAUAAGCCCAGAGACUUCACUAAUUGGCUUCCACUUUAGAGAAAUAGUGAGGGGUAAGAAGAUUUUAUAUUGAUGAUGAUAAGUAUUCAUGCCUCUGGAUGUAUUGUGCAUUCAGUAACAUUUAUUUAAGGGAAAAAAGAGUAAAUUAAUGCAGUAUCAUUGAUCUCAAAGCUAGUGGAAUUGGACCAGUUUUCACCAAAUCUGGAUUUGGUUUAGUCAUUUGCUUCUCCCCCUUCACUGGCCAUUGAUUAUAAAGUGUGCAAGGGUCCGUCUCCUCUUUCUCAACAGUGUCUUCCAAUGCCUAAGCACAAAAAAAGUUUUACUAGAAACUAUCCAACACGUCUUCACAUAGGGCUCUCUUAAACGCUACCUCAUCAAAAUUAGUUUGUCAUAGCCACUGUAAAAGUUUGUUGAAGAGUACAGCUAUGAUUAAUAUAUUUUCUGUAAUUAGAGCUAAAUAUCUGCAAGAAUUUUGGAGAAAAUAGUGCAUUAAGCUAUGUAACAUAUCUCUUUGGAUCACAUGAGAUAAUGUAAGUAUUGCAUGACAGCAUACUAUUUUGUUUUGUAGUUGUGAGGGUAUAAAAGCUUACAAUAUUCUCUUAAACUCUAAUAUUUAGAGUUCUGUACAAGCAGGCAGCUUUCACUUACGUCAGUGCAGCCUAGAAGAGCAAAUGUACGUGCUGCGUACAGAGAGACUACCUUCAUUCUUCCACUCAAGAGGAUUUUAGUUGUGCAUGAUGUCUUAAAAAACAGGAUUAGGACAAAUUUGAACAAAUUAGCAAAUUUUCUGUUAAUAAGAAUAUAGCAGGUGAGUUACAAAUGCCCCAUGGGUGAUUUAUUAGGAGUAGUUUGGUUUACCCUACGCAGUGUUUGUAAAUGUCAGAUCUUGCACGGCAGCCACUAGAUGUCAGGGUCUCAGCCUUCAGCUGCCUCUCUCUUCUGCGUAGUGUUAGGGAGUAAUGUUAAGCCAAAUCAUUACAUUGUCACUACAUCUUUUUAGAAAAGCAUUUGUGUACAUAAGUCCAGGUAUUCCACAGAAGUGAACAGAGAUGUAAUAAACAGCCUUAUGCUCUUUUUAAUGCAUUUGAUUUAGCUACUCUUCCUUCCCCAAACUAGUUAUCUAUAUAGAAUAUAUAGAUAGAUAUGUCUAUAUGAAGUCCUGUAGGCUUUGGGGAAUGCAUAACAUCUCAUAAAACCAAGUGCAUUUAUCCAGCCAAAAGCAGUGGAAUGCUUGUUAUUCACACAAUUGCCACUUAAAAUAUAUAGCUAUCAUAUAACUGACCAGAAGUAGUUUAAUCUGUUGGUAUGUGAUGUAAUUGAAUACUUCCAUGGCGCUAAAGCUUGUGGAUCAUUUGUUUGUGCUGAGAACUCCCUCAAAUCAACCUGAUGACCCUUUUAUCUUUUAAAAUAAAUAGAGUCUAAAAAAAAUGCACGUGGGUUGAGGGUUUUUGCCUUGUUAGUCUGAGGAAGAAGGAAGGUGCUUAGCGCAGUAUUAAAUUCCUGUAAAUACACACUUAUGCACUUACUCUUAAGCCUCAUUCCUGUGAAGAUCCUUCAUGGAAGACACCUCCAACAGAGGAAGACUAGGCAAAAUACUGUCAAGAUAAGAGUUGCUUCUUAUCAGCCAGCUUCCUAGAUGUAGUAUGCUUUUUCUUCUUCUUUUGCUCUUCCUUGUCUUCUACCCAUUCGAUGCAAUGUAUGCAUUUUACAUUCCCCUAAGUCAUAGUAUAUAGUAACAUCUUCACACUUGAAUGAUCAUAACAAUAAAUGCAAAUAAACUGCUUUCACAUGAUAACUUCCUCGUGUAUUUUAAUAAUUUGCUAGUCAACAGUUCCACUUUGCAGGGCGCUCUUGACUUGCUUUUUUAGGUGAACCGGUACAGUGGUAACACCUAGGCUGGUCAAUUUAUAAUCAUACACGGUACAGAUGUCUUCAAGUUGUUCAGUGCAUACAGUAUUAGUUCCUAGAUAUGCUGUAUGUAUUUUUAAACUUAGUGCCAAGUUGUUUGGUUUUACAUCCUAGAGUGUUUGAAACCGAGCCAUAGGAUUUAUGCUUGCCAAUUCUAAAUUUAAAUGUAAUUUAUCAUGUAUGUCAUGCCAAGGAGAGCAAACCUGCAGGCAUCUGCUCAUUCAAUGCACCUGAGAGAUUUGCUGCUAAGUAAGCUGUACGUGUGUAAAUUUUGUGGCAAUGGAAAAAGGAAUAAAUGGUCUGUAAACAUAAAGGAUUGAAGUCGGUUAUGUGAGAUGUCUGUAUGGUCUUUGUCCACUUUCUGCUUUGGAAGCCUUGGAGAGGCCAGGGGGGUUUGUUGGUUUUGGGUCAAUUUAUUAGGUUCUUGCAUUAUUAUCGCAUCAGUCAGAAGAGGGCAAGGAUGUAACUCAUGAAUUUUUGAGCACUUAUAAUAAAUGUCUGUUUCGCUCAUCUGUGCCACCUUGAAGCUUUUAAGAAGCUCUCUGUGUUUAGCUGCAGUGCUGCAUCCACUACACGUACCUGCUAGCCACCAAACUCUGCAAUUCAUGUCCUUAGUUUGUACUGGCAAGGAGAGGUGUAAUUGCAGGGAAAGUCUUGCUCAGUCCUAAGCUCUGAGCUCUGUAGGAGAAGCAGCACGCUCAGAAGUCUCUGCAAAGCCCUUCGGAGGUAUGUAUUCAACUGUCCUUAAUUCUCUUCUGGAAGUUUAAAUCCAAAUAAAUGAGUUGUCCUCUGUACUCUCCCAGCUGGCAUCGCUCUCCAGGGGUUUCACCAACCACUGGCCGCUUUGGUAUCACACGAGUCCGUCUUCCUUCUCCUGUAAGAGCGAAACUGCUGAUGCUGGUACUUGAACCAUGGCAAGCGCUUUUCCUUUCCAGUGCCAGCACCAGUAGCUUCCCUCAGCUGAUACCACCCAGCAUCCGGCACACCAAAAGGCACAGCCCUUCUGAAAGGGAAAAAGUGUGAUGUUUUACAACCCUGAGAACUUUUUUUAAAAAAAAUAAUUCAACAAAACAUGUUUUCUGACCUUUGCGUUAUGUACAGUGUGCUGGGUAGGACUAGGUGAGGGUGAGACACCUCUAAAAUGGGCUUUUUUUGUUAUCAACUGUUGACAGAAGGGUCUGCAACUGCAGCUGCCUCUACAACCACAGGCAGAAAAUUCUGUAUUUCAGACAAGUGGGUACAAUGUUCACCUCUUAAUGAGAAAGGCCUGGGGAAGCUUAAGGGCAUUGAUAUUCUGAUUGAGUAUAAUUAUUGGGAUACUCCCUCUUGUUGGUGCAUAUACUUGACAAAUUCCCAUGGGUGUUUUCUUGUGCCUCUUUCACAAGCAGUGAAAUACUCUGUUGUUAGGCAAACCCUAUAGGCUUCACGUCAUGACAUAGGCUUUCUGCCAAGAGCGUAAAGAAUGCUGCGGCAGUGUUAAAGGCAUAUUUUUCCUUUAAGGCAGUAGCAUAAAGCUGUAUGAAAAUGUUUCAUCCCCACUAUUAAAGAAUUGAGUAAAACCAGUCUAUUUUUUUCCUGGAUCUCAAUGGAUGUGUUCUAUAAUCGUUCCUAAAGGAAUGAGCCUGUUGCCACAGUGAAACCCUUCACUUCAGUAGUUGCAAAGAUGCCGCUCUGACAGAAGUCUGACACCUUCCUGAUUUCAACCCUUGUUUUCCAGGAUAUGGCUCUGCAUCCUUGGCAUGGGUGAACUUGGAAUCAAGAGCAUUUCUCUACUGACUCUGUUGGAAUGGCAGAAGCAUCGCUCGCUCACGGGUGAAGUGCUUGGGGUGUAGUCUUCCUCUUUUACUAAAAACGCUGAAGGGCUUGUGGUGACAGAGCAGUCUCAGCCCGUUUGCUGGUUCAUUUAUUGAUAAAAGGCAACAGUGCCUGUAUAGCCCAGGAGGCCUCUCCGGGGUGGUGGGGAUCAUUGAUUUGCCUCCCCUUGGGUGGAGGAGGCAGGUGGAGCCCCAUUUGCUGAAGGCAUGCUCUCAUGUUCUCACCUAAGGUUUCAAAUGCAGUGGAGCUGAAACAACAGCGUGUUGCCAUCAACACAAAGUCUUUUCUCCGUCCUGCCUUCCCGUUGCUUUUUGCCUGGAUUCUCCCCAUCUGAAAACAGUCACGUACGCUAAUGAGAGGAUGCCAGACCUGCUUUUUUAUCUGAUUUAACAUUUACCACACAUUUUUUGCCAGGUCUACUUGGUUUUGGGUUUUUUUCCUAUUGUGAAUAUGUAUGAUAAGUGAACACUUAC